AGAGUGAAAAAUGGCGCCCGAUCAUCACCGCCAGCACCACCACCACCACGCAUCGGCCGAUCAGCUGGUGAAUCUCUUCCGCAAAUCCGACCACGACCUCACCGUGAUCCAUCACCGGCUCGAGAGGGAGUUCCGUCAGAUUUAUCCCGACGACGCGAAUCCGUUGAAGCUGGUUUCCAGGAUCAAGAAGGUGCUGGAUGACGUGUCGACCUUGAAAGAUCAAUGCCAGGAACUUCUAGUGGCCAAACAGGACUUAAUUGACCAGGCACGGACAACUCUUGUUGGAAAUAGAAGCUUAAUCAGGAAGAUGCAAGCAUCUGUCUCAAUUCCUUGACGAGUGAUUCUGAAGAUCCCGCAUAUGCCAACUUUAACCAGGUUUCCAUCAUUCUUAUGAUGCUCUGGAAGAUUUACUCAGUUUUAAGCUCUAACAAAGGAUAAACUAUGCUACUGAUAAAAGUCCAGAAAAUUUAGAUAGAAGGUAUGCACUACAUUAUGAAAUAUGAAGGACUGGGUCGUCACAUAUUUAAUCACUUUUUCCCAGACUUCACUAUUCCAUGCUUUUUAGAAAAAAAAAUUGUGGUGCUUAACAUAUUUAAUUCAAUGUUACUAUUUUUCCGAAAACUUCUAAAGCUCAAGAGUCCAAAAUUUGAUUUCAGUUGGCUUGACGCUCUGGCCAAUUAUCUUUCUGCAUAUUUAACUGAAAGAAGCUAAAUUGAGAGAGCGUCAAAAUAUUGGUCUGAUUGACAGAAAUGUUUAUCUCAAGUACAAUUGAGGAUACCGAUGAUCCCAUUAGAUCAUACUGUAUGUUGCAUUCCACUGAUUAUAGUCAAUGAAUGGAAGAAAUCAAAUUCAUCAGCUCAACUAUUUAGUGACCUCUGGAGCUCUUAA